UUUAAGAUUUCCUGUUUCCCCCUCAGGCAGGGCUGAAGCGAAGGGGAGUGAGUCACACGCACUUCCACAAGCAGCCGAGCUGCAGCCUCGGCCGGGGCCUCUCCGGCUCUCUCUCUCGCCGCCCCCCAAGAGCUUUGCCGCUCCCCGCUCGCCCCCCUCGGAAGAGCCCCGGCUCCCCCCACCCCACCCUCCGUGCCUUAGCGUCGCCGCUGGGCGGCAAAAGGGAUUUACAAUGAGCUGGCUUCCCAAGCCCGUUUUGUUGUGGGCUCUCCUCAACAGCACCGCUCACCCGCUGAUCCGGGUCACAGCUGAAGGGCAUGCAGCUAAGAUGCUUCAUGGUGCAGUCCCACUACGGGGACUUUGCAAGUUUUGUGAUGUUAAAUCAACAACCUGCACAAAUGAAGGUCAUUGCUUCAGUGAUUGCAACAUCACUUCGAUUUGUGAAGAUGUGAAUGAAGUAUGUGCCGCAGUAUGGAGAAAGAAUGAUGAAAACAUAACCUUGGAAACAAUAUGUCAUGAUCCUAAACAAGACCUUCAUGGGUACAAACUGGAUGACUUCAAUUCCAAGAAAUGUGUGAUGAAAGAAAUGAAGGAUGCUGGUGGCUUGCUGUUCAUGUGCUCCUGCAGUGAUGAAGAAUGCAAUGAUGAACUUAUUUUUUCAGACAAAUUCAACUCAAGUGUAGAAGAAGUAAAAGAUGUGAUUUCUAAAGUUGCAAUAAUAAGCCUUGUCCCAUUGCUUGUGGUAACUGUCGCUGUGAUUCUCAUCUUUUACUGCUACCGUAUUCAGAGGAGAAGGAAGCUCAACAAGGCAUGGGAGAAGAAUGUGAAAUCCAAGAAGCAUAAAGACUGUAGCGAUGUUUGUGCCAUGUUAGAUGACAACCAUUCUGACAUUAGUUCUACUUGCGCUAACAACAUUAACCAUAAUACUGAACUGUUGCCCAUUGAAUUGGACACCCUUGUGGGCAAAGGGAGGUUUGCAGAAGUCUAUAAAGCAAAACUGAAGCAAAAUACAUCAGAACAGUUUGAAACAGUGGCGGUCAAGAUCUUCCCCUAUGAAGAAUAUGCCUCUUGGAAGACCGAGAAAGACAUCUUCUCAGACAUAAACCUGAAGCAUGAGAACAUCCUUCAGUUCUUGACAGCAGAGGAGCGCAAAACAGAUUUAGGCAAACAGUAUUGGUUGAUCACUGCUUUCCACUCAAGGGGAAACUUGCAAGAAUACCUCAUAAAACACAUCAUUAGCUGGGAGGACCUCUGGAAACUGGGUGGCUCUUUGGCUCGUGGGAUUGCCCACCUUCACAGUGACCAUACACCUUGUGGCCGACCCAAGACGCCUAUUGUCCACAGAGAUCUAAAGAGUUCCAAUAUUCUGGUGAAAAAUGAUCUAACAUGCUGCCUCUGCGACUUUGGGCUAUCUCUGAGGCUGGACCCUACUCUCUCUGUAGAUGAUCUGGCUAACAGUGGGCAGGUUGGCACAGCGAGGUACAUGGCUCCUGAAGUCCUGGAAUCCAGAAUGAACUUGGAUAAUGUUGAAUCCUUCAAGCAGACGGAUGUCUAUUCCAUGGCUUUGGUUCUCUGGGAAAUGACCUCUCGCUGCAAUAGUGUUGGAGAGGUGAAAGACUAUGAACCACCGUUUGGAUCUAAGGUGCGAGAACAUCCUUGCGUUGAAAGCAUGAAGGACAACGUUUUGAGGGACCGAGGUCGACCAGAGAUACCUAGCUCAUGGCUCAACCAUCAGGGCAUCCAGAAGGUCUGUGAGACUCUUGUUGAAUGCUGGGACCAUGAUCCUGAGGCCCGUCUCACUGCACAGUGUGUAGCAGAGCGGUUCAAUGAUCUCGAAUACCAGGACAGGCUGUCAGGAAGAAGCAGCUCAGAAGAGAAGAUCCCAGAAGACAGCUCUGUGAACAGUGCCAAGUAGCAAUGGAUACAAACUUGGACAGAAAAGAGGAACUGCUCUUGGCUUUGUGCAUAAAUUUGCAACAGGAGGAGACACUGGUCCUUAGUCUUGGAUGUGCUUCCUGUGGCAUCGAGGAAUCCCACCUCUCCCUUUACUCUGCUGCUCCCAAGAAAAGUUCUUAUUUUAUGGGAAGCUGUGAUGGGGCAGGGUGUCAUGCCACAGCAGUGGCUGCUUUGACUGUGUCAUAGGAUAAGCUAUGUUAGUGUUUCCUCACAGAACAAGAUUGUACAAAAUGCCAAUUAUAUUUGCACUUUAUCAAUGCCUGUAUAUAACUAUGGAAGAUAUAUAUAUCUCACACAUACACAGCAAAGCUCUGCCAGGAAGUCUUCCAGGAAGCUAACGAUAGGUAAAAGAAUUGCAGAAGGGAUGGUUAGGAUGUCUGCCAAGACGCUGGCAGCAACAGUGCCUUAUGUGCCUCACCCAAUGCAAAGGAACAGUGGGAAGGUGCUGCUAAACAAUGAAUACUGUACACAGCUGCACUCCUUUUGUGCAGUUGAGAAGCAAGGGAUAGGGAUGGGUUUCGCUGUGCUAGAGCCCUUUUUAGCACAUUUGUUACAACUAUGCAAUGAUGUUUCAGCUGGUUCUUGAACAUCCAGAGUGCACAUUCAGCUGACCUUUUGGGUCUAAUUUUCUUCAAAAUCUUACUGAGUUUAGAAUGGGGAAUGGGUCAGGGGAUACUUUUAGUUCCUGUAGAGAGAAUUGCUAAUUUCUUCUGUCUUUCUUUGAGUUUGCACUUCAUGUCAGCAGCCUCUCCGACUUGGAGAAGGGAGGCUUCCCUGCUUUAUGAAAUCAGGCAGGGCCAAUUAGAAGGGAAACAGAUGUUUUGCAUUUGCUGUGCAUUCUGACACAAAAUGAGACUUCUCCUUCCUCCCUCUUUUCUGGGAUCAGUAACAUCAUGUCUGGUUCCUUGAGCCCCUUACGUUCACACUUGAUUUCAUGCCUGGUGCAUAAGAAGGGGGGAUGGUGCAUGAUGCUGUGGAAAAUAUUUGCUACACGUUAAAGGUGUGUUUCAGUUUUCUUUUAACUUGAAUUCCGGUCUCCCCAGCCAGCCUGCAGUCAUUCAGAACCGCUGGCAAUAUGAUUACAUUCCUAAACUUGAUCCCCACAGGGCAUGGAUUACAUUCUUUCAGUCUUCCAAAAUAUUUAGAUUUGGAGCUGGCCUCUUGAGGGAUUUUAACUGAUGGAAUUUUAACAGUCAAUGCUUUCCUGCUUGAUCAUCAGGGUCUCUGAACUUUGGAGCUCAAGUUAGCUUGGUGGAGCAGGACAUGGAGGUUGUCAUCAAGUGCCUUCAGUGCCUGGGUGUUUUUGUUUUUAAAAAGUCUUUAAGGAAAUUGUUACCAAUACAUAAGUGAACUGUUCAACCCCAGAAACAAUCCUGCAAAAUUAAAAGAUUUAUAUCAAGUGCAAUCCCAAAUCUUUUUAUCUUAUAGGACAUUGAUUUUUUUUAAAAAAAAAAUUAGGAACAUUUGCUUUGUAUAGCCAAUAGGAGAAAAUGUAUAUUCACAUAGGAGUUAAAAUUUAUGAUGAAAAAUAUUUAUUUUUAAAAAGCUUUUUGCAUUUGCUUUUAUAUUAAAAAGAAAUAUUUCCGCAUCCAGAGGGCAGGAGAUCAACAAUUAAAAUGAAAUUCUAACCACAAUAGCAACAGACUUUGAACUGUGGAGCUCACUGGCAAACUGGGAGUAUAUUGCGAUAAUAACAUUCCUAAACAGAGCUAGGAUCUUGUGACCUCUAGUGGUGGUUUCUUGCAGUAGCACCUUGGAUUAUAACUGCACAAGGAAAAGGAAAUAUUACCACCAACUGGAAAGUGGGGAGUAUGUACACUUAAGAUCUAAACCAAUAGUUUCAAAACCUGUUUGACUAACAUGCCUUCCAUUAGGAACUCUGGUGAUCAUAGUUUUAGGAGGACAUAGACUUUUUUUUUUUAAAAAAGUUUGUGCCAUAGAACUACAAUUCCCAGAGUUCCUUAGUAGACAGUGGUGAAAGUCAAGCAAGGUUGAAACUGGUUUAAAUUUGUGGUAUACCCUGGACCUUCACUAUGUUGUGUUUGAUAUUUCUCAUGACAUGACCCUAUUACCUUUGGUUUAAAGAGUGAGAGAAUCCAACAGUUCCUGACAACUCUUUUUUUUUUUUUUACUAUUAUAUAUAAAAGGAAAUGUUAAUUCCUCCAUGGAACACUUACAUUGUACAUCGUGUAUAAAAAUAGGAAUGUGAACAUAUAAUCUUGCUUUUCCAAAUGUUUCAAGCACUUACAAAUGUUUUUGUAUAAAUAAAAUGUUUUAGAUUAA